CUGUCAUAAGAAUCUGACGUAAAAACAUUUUUUGUGUUAUUGUAAAUAUUUUAAUUUUUUUAAUCGAUUUGAUUAUCAGUUUUUGCCAACUCUUUCACAAUGGAAUAAACAAGAGGAUUAAAGUGAUUCGUCACUUUGUUGUAAAAAAUGUUCAAGUUAGAGUCAUACAUUGCACCAAUUUUGCUUAGUUAUGUUGAUAAGUACAUCAAAAACUUCCGGUUGGAAGACUCUCAGGUUUCUUUAUGGGGCGGUGAUGCAUCCUUUCAUAACUUAGAUUUAAGAUUAGAAGUGCUUGAACAGGAAUUACAGUCGCCUUUUAGCUUUAUUUCUGGUCAUAUCAGGGAGCUUUUGAUUCAUGUACCAUGGACGAAAUUGACCUCGGAACCCAUCACAAUCACCAUCAAUACCAUUGAAUGCGUUUUAAAAUUGAAAGACGCCAACGAUAGCGUAGCUUCUGAUACGUCCCCAACUAGAGACAAACAUAAAAAAAGCUCUGGCCACAGGCAAGAAGUAGAGGCGCCCCCAAACUACGUGCAAUUAUUAAUAAAUAAAAUAGUGAGCAAUAUUAGGAUAUUUUGUAAUAAUUUAAUUCUCAAAUAUGUAGAAGAAGAUAUAGUCUUGUCUAUGAAUGUAAAACAUUUGAAAGUAGAGUCCUGUAAUGAGAAAUGGGAAGCUGCUUACACAGACAUUUCCCCAACUCAGGUCGUAAUGAGAAAAGUGAUCGGCGUAAACGACCUAACAGUGUGUUUAGACAAAAGAAACGCGUCCGGAAAAAUCGACUUUUACCAAGAACCCAUGCUUUACCGUUGCUCAAUGACUAUGCAUUUACUAAGAACUUAUCAUUCCUCAACCUCAAACAAAACUUCAUUGACUCGUUUAGACGUCUAUUGUAACAAAAUGGAAUUCAGCAUGACUGAACAACAAGUCCCUAUGUUCCUCCGCCUCCUUGUUUUACUCUCUGCCUUGCAACAAAAACAAUUGAAGUCGAAUAGUGACGCACAGGAGAACUCAGCUCAAACGCAAGACAGUAAAGAUAGCGGUGGCAACACUGAGACAUGGACCGGGUGGGCGUGGUCAUACGUUUCAUCAGUCUUGCCAACCCAAUGGGAUGAAAGUCUGGAAAAUGAGCAAUUUUUCAACCAAUCGGGGCAUAUAAUCCAAAUCGGGUUUUACGUUGAUAAUGCUUCAUUGACGUUUAAAGUAUCUGAGACUAGUCAUGAUAAGGGAUAUUACAGCCAGAAAAAAAUCCGUUAUUAUUCACUACUGACCCUCCAACUUCAGGGGAUUUACUCAGAAUUGAUUUCGGUUGGGAGGAAAUGGUCGAAUGUGGGGUUUGGAGUCAGCGAAAUCAUGUUAUUGCCAGUGGGGCCGUGCAGUUGUGCCCACCCUGAAUCGGCCGAAGGGUUAUUCCCCUAUUUAGCCAUAGGUAGCCAGUCAUCAAAUCACAAAAGUAACUCGUUAUUUGACGCCCAAGCGGUCGAGAAUCAGGGCCAGUACAGAAAUUAUAACACGAAUUGGGAGUUUCACAUGUUUACAAAUACGGAAGCGGUGCUCCUGGAACGUACCCCAGCUUUUGCUUGUGAUUAUUUGUAUCAAAUGGAGAUCCCCGAUGAUACUUCUAGUGAUAUUUUAUCCGAUUUAGGGAGCAACUUGGAGUAUAGUAAUUUGACCGAAAAAGCAAACGUGAGGGUCUACAUCGGUCCGUUGAAGUUCCGGGUGUGUUCUGGGUUUUUUCACCGGACUAGUUCGCUCCAAAUGGCGUCAUCUAUGUACGACUAUCCCCCCUAUUAUGUCCCCAAACCGGAACCGGUUUUAACAGAGUUGUUGCCUCCAUCGGAGGAGGAUUUUGAUGCUUUGAAUGAAUUCAUACCGACUAGAACAGUCAAAAUUAUGUUAUUCCAACCUGUUGUUGAAUUGCAAUUUAUGGAUCAUCCGUUUUUUGAGCCGGCCAAAGGCUCUUUGUUUAAAAAAAUGAAAAAACAUUCAACUUCUUUGCCUGUGAUUCAACUCCAUAAACUCCCGAAAGUCACAAUUGAGUGCAAAUUGAUCGAAAUUUGUCUCAGUAAUCCGAUGUAUGUGAACCGACUAGUUCACACGACUUGUCAGCUCCCGGAACCUCCUCAAAAAAUGUUUGAGGCGUGUUUCACAAAAUUGAAUGUUAAUAUAGUGGGUUUGUGUAGUCGUUUAAUUCUUAAACAGAAUAAUUAUACGACUCUCGUGGUCCCUUUUAAUUUGUCGUAUCAAAGUAGGAGUAUUUUGAGUCCGCAGUAUUGGGUCAAUCCGAAUGUGAUGCACAGCGAAAUUAAUUUUCAGUCAGAAAGUCUGACUUUUAAUUGUACGAAAGCUAAGUUGAUUGUGGUGUCACACUUGAUUAACAAUAUUUUUAAAAAAGAUACAACGGGGCUUAAGAGUUUGCGGUAUACGUCGUUGCUGUACGACGCCAGCAAAGAUUAUGCAAUGCCGUAUUUAGAAUUAUCCGUUGAAGGUCUCAGGUUUAAAAAAGUCUGUACGAAUAGCACGGUCUCAAUAGACUUGGCUCUCGAAUCAAUAAAAGCCUUUAUUUUUGAAUCGUACGAGAAUGACAGUAAAAAAAUCAACUCGGUUUCUGAUAUUCAACAAGUUUUAUUUUUGUCAGGACCUGAACCGAAGACUACAAAAAAAUCAAGUUUUUCAGAGGAUUUGCCUCUUUUUAUUGCCACUAUUCAAUAUCCAUUGAAACCGGAAUCGCAGACGCAUCCGUCGUUGGUUAUUUUUAAUUUGCAAGAAAUUAAUGUGUGUGUGGAUCCUCUCGUGUGCAAAUGGUUGUUGUACCAUCCAAUCAAAAUCGGUGCUUAUAGGGCAGAAGAACGUGUCCAUUAUAAGAGUUUGAGUUACUCGGAAGUUUACGGAAGCACUUCCGAAACUCCUCGGCGAAGUGCUCAAAUCGGUUCAAUUCAUAGCAGUUCCGACCGAGAGAUUAUUUAUGCACCUCAACAAAAAUUACCACUGAUUGAAGAAGAAGAACAAGUCGAUUUACAAGAAAAAAUUUACGAAUUUUUGAAAACCUGGCAUCCGGUUUGGAAAAGCAUGCUUUUGAGUGGUCACAUUUCCCAAUGUAUUAUUUAUUUUCCGAUGGCUUCGAUCUCGGCUGUCGGUUCUCAAGGUGUCGAGGAGGCCAUCAGAGAGGCUUUGAAUAAAAAAUUGGUACCAAACGUAAUGGUCAUCACUUUGCCUUUUGCCAAUAUACACAGCGCCCAAAAACAAAAUGUUGUGAAAUAUUUGAAAAAAUUGCCGGUCAAAUUGCCGGAAACAGUUUGGAAUGCUGACAGGUCAAGUUUCCCUUGGACGAUGUCCAUUUCGGAUUUAAAUUGCUACUCCAUGGAAAAUGGUAAAGAAGUCGCGUUUUUAAAAACAGUACGCAUCAAUGCAACGGUCGGCCUCUCAACCAAACCGGUUAUAACCGAUGGUAAAGCACCAGAUUAUACCCCUGCUGAAAGCACACUCGGCAGUCUCGGGGUUUACGUCCACAUUGAUGUUACUCCGAUUAUUAUUUCGGUUUCGGAAGCCCAGAUGUACCUCUUGGCGAGCUUAAUUUACGGUUUAACUGAAUUUUUCAACAGUUUAGUACCGAAAAAAACAAUUGAAGUGCAAAAACAACCCGACUUGCCUUCCAUAGUCACCGUAGCCAGUCCGUCCCUGUCCCCGACGGUCAAAGAUCAGACUUUGGAGUCAAGUGGGACGAUUCCAGGGCCGGACUCGAGUGACCCCAACGAAAAUAUUAAACUCACCGCGUGGAUACAAUGGACCGUAACGAAAUUUUCAAUCGAAUUACUAGCACACGAAACAAGUGACUGUCAAUUGAAACUGGUGAUAGACGUCGAAGAUAUUGUUAGUAGUCUCGACUAUCAGAAUGUUUACUUGAAAAUGAAGAGUAAAAUCGGCUCGAUUUCUGUACAACACUAUAAAAAAUAUAAGGACCGUAAUAAGUGGCAAAGGGGGUCUUUUUCCGGGGUUGUGGUACGACUGAGAGAGGAUGUUGUCGAGAAGCGACCCGAAGAGAGCGGUUUUAUUGGAAUGACAAUCACAAGGGCCAGCAGUCAACACACCCAUAACCUAUGGGGGACCGUUCAAAAAACAAAAAAAACAAAUCUGGCAACGUCGCGUUACAUCACUGAAAUUGUCAUUAGUGUCCAACCGAUAGAUGUCGUUGUUUCGAUUAAGACACUCAUGGGUUUCUACUCGAUUAUAGCCCCCUUUUUAGAGGGUUUUGAUGAGACAAGUGUAACUGAAAUCCCCACCAAAAACAAGCCGACUUUUACGAAUCAAGCCCUCCCGCUUGCGUAUCUUGAAUGUCACGAUAUUCGAUUGUUGGUGCCGUCGAGUGAGUUGGCAGGGGGUGGCAACCAUGAUGUUUUUGUGCUUCAAGUCGAGAAAAUCGGACUAAGCCCAACUGUUCCGAAUCCGAUAUGUCGGACUCCGAUCAGACCCGAUAUUUACCGACAAGCCGCCCAAGCCAGGAUUUUGACCAUCCCCGGGAGCGAGUUGGAGGAUAGACAGUAUCAGUUGGAUGUGACUGGGAUGUCGGUUAGCAGCACCAGUUGGAAGGAUUUGGAGCAGGUUUUGAACAUGCGGGGGAAUUCCCGAGGGAUUAAUGAGAAUCCGGCCCUGGAAUGGAAUAAUUUGAAACAGGGGAAGUUGAGUAUUGUACCAAUACUUAAUUUGAAGCAAGUUGUUGAAAAGUUUGAUAUCAGUGUAGUUGCGGCACCGACGAUGGUUUAUAAGAACGAAAUUAUUGUUUGUUGUAGUUCGUUUGAGAUUAAUUUUGUGACAGAUAUUGCGAUUUUCUUGUCAUUGGAUCAAUUGAAGUUGGUUUCGGCCUUAAUUAACGAAUUCAAGUUUCCUAUUAGUGGAAAUUUGGUCAAAGAACGGAUGGAAAUUACAUAUCCUUACACCAGAUUUGAUAUUUUUAAGGAUGAUUUAGAAACGGAGCUGACGGAAUUUUAUAAGGAUUCAGGGAUUGAUACGUCGGAAAUUCGGAGUGUUUUAUCGUCAAAGUCGCCAGUACAGCCGACCAAAGAAAAACACAAAGUUUCCGUACCAUCCCAGAGUUUCAACGAAACACCAUCUGAAAUCCUCUUCACCGCCGGCAAGAUCUCCUGUUGUCUGUACCAAUUCUGCAUUACUCAAUCCCUUCAAAGCAGCCAUCGCACUAAAAAAACGAAAUAUGUUGACGAAGAAGACCGCAAUUACGAGGCUUCUGAGGAAGAAAGUGUCGACGAAGCGAUUCGAAGCCACAAAAAAUACGUCCCUUUGCUUUAUUUCUUCGUGUCACAACCAAAUGUGUAUUCGUCGAAGCAGCAAUUUGCGAAUAACGUGCAUUUGUCGUGUUUUGAUGUGGGUAUUAAACUCAACGACUCUAAAAAUGUCCCGGUUUCAUCCGUACCGACCAUACAGGAUUUCCCGGUUGACUUAGUAGUGACGCGGUCGGGACACCCUGAUCUUGUCACGGGGAUUCCCCCUGCUUUUUUUACUUUGAAAUACACUAAAGAGCACGGAAAAAUGGCGAAUUUUUUUAUUGACGUUUCAAGGCCGACCAAAUUGGCUUGCUCACCGACAAAAAUUACGUCUCUACUUACUAUAAAAAAUAAAAUUCUUGAAACUUUCCCACUAGUGAGUGAGGUGAAGGAAGUUGAACCCGAUUUGGGUUGGUUUAGACGUGUCAAAGAUAAUUUGAAAGGAAUAGACACCAUACAGUUUAAAACUGAUCAAUUGGUCGUAGUUGUGGAGACCGAAAACAAUCUAGAUGCCACUUUUACAAUAAAUAAGAGCAAGAAUCGGCUUUUUUUGAGUGAGAGACCGGAGAAAAUUCAAAGUUUUUCUACUUUAGAAUGUAUGACUUUGUCUGUGACAAGUAACAAUGUGAAAAGACUACUUCUCAACCCUUGGACUGUAACUUUUGAAUUUGGUGCUCUUGUCGAGUCAUGGCAGCGCGACGAUACUGAGCCCCAAAUCCACUUGAGCAUCGAUAGCGAUUGUUUAUUAUUAGAUAUAAGCCCUGAACAAAUCAUUUGCAUGGAAAAAAUCACCAAAGAAUUGUCUGAAUUCACCUCAUAUGUAAGUCCAAGUACCCCUUCGGACCCUAAAAUAGUAAUCCCGGAAAAAGACCAACACUACAAAGAUGAUCUAAGAGCUGGUGCUUUCCAAUUUAUCGAAGCCAGUGGUGCCAACAGCGAGGAAUUGCCACUCCCCUAUCAGGUCAUGUUUUGGAAUUGUAAAGAGACGAGUGCCAUGGCUUGGAGAUACCCCCAACCGCGGGCUUUGACCAAAGUCCGGAUUUUUCCGGUCCCACUUGAGAUUUCUAUAGACCCGGAACCGACCCAAGUGACUUGUAGCCUCCAGUAUUGGUCCGAUUAUCACUGCAGUUAUAUACCCUAUGCCCAGUUUAGUCUAUCCGAAAGUGAAGUGUGCUACCUUGAUUUACCCAAAAGCGAACCCCAGAGGGCGGUAGCGUAUAUUUGGAGGGUUGUUUUGACCAGUUUAGACUCAAACGGGAGAAAAAUCAACCGGAAUGUGAUUUCGCCACGCGCCCUAGCGGCUUGCAUGCGAAUUGAUUCCUAUUUCAAUAAAGCUAUAGUGCCUAACUUCACUGCAGUGUUGUAUGUUUCCAAACUCGAACUCUCAUUGGUGAAUAACUUUGACAAGGGUAUGUCACUGGUGCCGUUAAGUUUCCGACAUUUCACCCCAGAUCAAGCCAUUCCUGCCAACCAUACAUUCCUGAAGGUUACUUCGACUAAUUUGAGGCUCCACAUGGCCCACUGGGAUUCGAACAUGCUCUAUUGCGAUCUUACCUCACAUCUGAGUUGCUCAACCAUCGAUUAUACUUUUCUCACCGAACAAAGUCUAGUUGACCAAUUCAUGUUUAAACUUGAGUUGAAUUUGGCCAAAAAACUGACAUUGGGAGUGGUUUCAAACCCGAUUCGGAUCAUUUUCGGACCUACAGUAGCACACACUUUGACAGUAAAUUCGCAAAUGUGGGCCCAAAAAUCACUCGAGUCGGACCACGACUUGGUGAUUUUCACACGAUAUGUCAUUUGUAACGACACAAAUAUCAAUCUGAGGUUCGGACAAGUCGGAACCGACGAAGACAUUCUAUUACCGAGUCGAUCUUUUCACUUGUAUUGUUGGAGAUCGUCGAAAAGCAAAAGAAAGUUGAAAGUGGCAUUCGAAGAGAGAGGAUGGUUGUGGUCGAAACCGUUUCGAAUAGACGAAGAAGGUACACAUUUUGUGGCUCUGAAUUUAGAAAAUAAUUUAAAUGUGAUUGUGACGAUCAAGGCGCUGUCGACGAGUCAAAAACAAGUGACGAUCGGGGGACAAUUUGUCAUUGCUAACAUGCUAUUGGAGCAUUUCGAGUUUAAAAUCAUUCCCGAAUCGAGGGAUGAUAAGGAGUUGAAAAGAGCACCGGUUCAUGUCUUGGGUGGCAAGACUAUCACGCCAUCUAUGUUUAUCGACAGUCGGUUGAAUUAUUUCUUUCGGUUGAGGUUUUUCGGGUUGGAUUCGGCGUGGACUGGCGACAUUCCCCUCAAGGAGCACACGAAAGGGGCCCAACCGUGGCUGGUCAAAGUCCCGUUGCAGGAACGUGGGCAAUUUUUAAGCAUUUGGUGUCGCAUUGUGGUCCAGGAUUGCCAAAAGGGCAAACGAAUUCUGGCAAUGUUGUGGCCUUUAUUUAUGGUUAAAUCCAAUCUCCCCAUAACGUCAAACAUUCAUAUUGAAACACCGACUCUGAAUGUACAUCUCGAUUCGAGUGUGCGAGGCAAAGGCGAGUUACAGCAACUCUACUGUCCUGGAACUAUCGAUCAUUCGCACCAAUUGACUUUCAAAUUACAUGAUGGGACAUCCAUUUCGGACCCUUAUAUCCCUCUAAAUUAUAGUUUAGUCGAUCAACAGAAAUUUUUUAAGAAGGCUGAUAAGGAGAACAUCGACGAUAUUUUAGACAGUUUGAGGAAUUUUGACGUUUCGAAGUGGCCCUACUUUGGGGAAGACUUAGAAAAAGUUGAAUGGAUAGUCGAGGAACAACCCCAAACAACUAUUCAAGUCCGAUACCAAAAUGCUUGUCAGUAUUCAAGUGCUUUAUCAGUCGAAUUGUUACCCUGGUGCUUAAUGGUGAAUACUUUCGGUUGUCCCGUUUCGUUAUUCAUGAAUGGGACUGAACUGUGUCGAAUCCCGCAAUACGGGAUAGUAGCCCCACCUAAACUUGACGACAAUUUUCAUCUGGGUGUUGAUACUGGGGGUGGUUUAUCCUAUUCGCCGCCUCUCCAAUUGUCGACGUCUGAUUGGAGUCAGACGUUUUACAUGCCGAAAAUUUCGGGCACUUUACCGCCAGAGGGCAGCAUUAAAACUACAGUCAAGUGCGGAUCUGAUGUCGCAAUGGUGUCACUCACAAGCGUUAUUUCGGAUCAGAUUCGUCUCUUGAAAAUCUCCUCGUCCCAUGUUUUUAGUAAUUAUCUGCUGAAUCAAAUUCAGGUUGUUUGUUUUGCCGUUUCUGACUGUGAUAAAGUGUUUAAUGUACCCGUGAAUAUCGAAAAGUUGUCGUUUUCGGUCGCCCCACAAUUGGAUAAGACUAAUUCCGGGAUUUCGAUAAUUCGGUGGUAUGCCCUAGAGGCGGAAAAUUCGGACUCGAGUACGAAUUAUGCCUUUUAUGUUUCAUUCUGUUUGCAAUAUGAGUUUGGAUGGUCGUGUCCGGUGAGGGUCGACGAUAAUGUCUCAAGAAGGAGUUUGUCGGUUAGGACUUCGGGGAAAAAGUGGAUUCCUCUCGUGUUGACUUCACAAGAACGCAAAGGCCAGACUUACCUCUCGUUAUUCCACGACGAUUGCCCUCAAACCCUUAUAGAAAAUAAAAGUCCGGUAUCUCUGUACUGCGGACAAGCAGUUGGCGAGGGUGGGGCUGCAGUACCGGAAUCAAAACAUUUCAAAUGGGUCUCGAAACUCGAAUGUGGGACCAGCGUUUACUACACCAUGCCUUUCGUUUCGGAAAAAUUCCCAGAAUUACCUCAGACUUGCUUCAGUGAAAAAAUAGUAUUUGCAAUAGGACCGAAAAGCGAAAAUGAUAAUUUUGAGUGGUCAAGUGCCGUGAGUAUCGUCAACGAUUCGGAACAGUUCGUCAAAAUACCUAAUUUUGGCGACGUCAGAUUGGUGGUUAAAGUCACAUCUUACACCACUCUGUUGUCGAUAGAGUCGGUAAGUGAGGUCGAAAUUAACGCGAUUGACAUCAGGGGGCGCUUAUCGCGCCAUGAAAUGGAGACAGUACUUGGAAAAAAUGACAAUCGGCACAAAGGUGUUGUCACUGAUAAUUACCAAAAUUCACCAAAAGUACUCCCAAAUUUAUCUCUCUACCAGUCAUUAUUCAAACCAACUCUCCCUUUGCAAAAUAAUUGGGAAUCGAUCGAAAUUUUCGCAUUUCUUAAAUCCUUCAGUCUCGUAUUUCUCGCUGAUCAUAACAAUGAUUUAGAAAAGCAAGGAGUUGCGAGUUUUAGUUUUGACGAUUUGGGAGUUGAGCUUCGGCAAAGUGACGAUUUGAAAGUGUCACUUUCUGUACUAGACAUCCAAUUUGACAAUGAGUUAUACUCGAAAGAAUCAUUCGACUUUCCGGUGGUUGUGGUAGGUCAGGACCAAAAACCAAAAAGUAGUACCAACAUCAUAGAAAAAAAUGCGAAAGAAUUGAUCAGAGACAGUGACAGUGUGUUGAUUUUGGAUCUGAUAGUAGAGACUUGGUUUGAUGAUUUGCGAAAAAAAAAUGUGACAGGAGUAAAAGAAGUUAAGGUGAAAUUAAAUUCACUUUCUAUAUACGUCGAAGAUUUGUAUAUUAAUAAAUUGGUGGAGUAUUUCACUCAUUUGUUUCCCAUGCGACUGGCAGGGGGGCCAAAACUAGAGUCCAAAGCAACGUCCAAAAGCGUCUCAGUUAGAGUCCCCGAGUUGGUUUUCUGGAACUCUUCAGUAAUCGCGAGGCCUUUGAGUCUCAAAAACAUCACAGUGGAGCCAUUGUCGCUCCUUUUGUCCGUCCAUUGUUCCCUAAAAAUGUAUAUAGCCCUAGACCAGUCCCCUCUCCAGUUUGCCCGUUUCGAAAGACGCCGACUUUUGACGACCCCCUAUCGCUUGGGGCACGCAAUGACCAUGCAUUACCUUUCGGGGGCCAUUUUUGGGGCCGGUUGGGUCGUCAGUUCCCUAGAACUGCUUGGAAGUCCCAGUGGACUUGCCCGCGCUAUGGGUAUAGGACUUCGCGACUUUAUCAAUUUGCCUUAUCGAGGGCUUAUACAGGGCCCCUGGGCUUUUCUUACUGGUGUGACGCAUGGCUCGGCCUCCCUUAUGAAACACGUGACAGCUGGAACGUUGCAAUCUGUGACGAAAUUGGCUUCUAGUGUUGCAAGGAAUUUGGACAGAUUGACUCUAGAUGAGGAACAUUUGAGACGGACUGAGGAACAGAGGAGGCAGAAGCCCCAAGGGGUGACUCAAGGAUUUAUGCAGGGUUUGACCGGGCUUGGUAUCAGUCUUUUGGGGGCUGUGGGAGGCAUCGCUCAUCAUCCGCUUCAGAGUAUAAUGGCCGAUGGGGCAUCGCCGCGGUCUCUCGCAGCAGGUGUAGGAUUGGGGCUAGUGGGAGUUCUAACAAAGCCUUUGAGUGGGGCUGCCGAACUGGUGGCCUUGACUGGUCAAGGUUUAUUGCAAGGAGCAGGUUGGAACCCCCUACCGCAACCUAGGAGUGACCUUGUCAGCAACCUGACUCUCCUAGAUUCAAACUCAGUGUUAAAAUACGAAUGGAAACUACUAAACUCACUGACUUAUAAAAAUGUGCUUUUUGCGACUGAAGCAACGAUUUUCAACGAUUCAGAUUUCAAAGGAAUUGGGUUGGUUUUAACACUCGAUGCUUUGAUUAUUGUGAAUCUUGAUGAUGAUAAUGUGAAACGGAUAAUUAGUUUAGGGCAAAUUCAAGUCGUUGCGAGUGAUAACGACCCCACUUAUUUAUCCUUCAGGAUUAUGAAACAAAAGUGUGAAGAGGAGUGUGUGAUUGAGAUGGACCCGGCGUCGAGGGCCCGGGUCGCCGAUUAUGUUAGAAGCACAGCGAGUUUGUUGCAACUUCCUGAAGUUAACCAACAUUCCGUAAUUAUGGACGAUAUCAACGAACAGAUUAAUUGUUAUGUGAAUCCGCAAAGUCGGAAUUAUUUUGUUUGUCUGCUGUCACUAGCUAAACAAAUGAACAGUAAUUACAAUUUUCCCGUGUUAUAAAUUGUUUUAAUAAAAAAAAAUCGAAUUA